AUGCACAUUUUUCAUUUCUUUGCUCAAUUUUGCCUAAUAUUUUUUGUUAUCAACAUACCUCAGGCAAUACUCUCCGAAAAUGUACGAGAAAGAGAAGGAAAAAUAUUCGGAAUCGCAAAAAUAAAAUCGGCAACAUGUGAUGCUUGUCAAGCCAAACUGGGUUUUGAUUUCGCGAAGAAGUUCGUUUGUUCACUAGCAUGUGGAAUGUCAACUAAACCAACUCCCGCAGCUACGGAUAAAGAAACUACUAUGUCUAAAACUACGACGACUACAACUACGGUAAAACCUACUAUGGCUCAAAACAUGAGUGGUUGA